CCGUUGGGCUGUAAUUUGAUGAGAUCAUGGUGCUUCGCAGGGAAGGAAAUAAUAAAUCUCAUGGAAGAGAAGCAGUUGAAUUUUAACCGGCCACUCCUAUCUGUGAGACGCUACUCUGCGACAAUUGUCACCUCAGAAGCUGAUGAAAAAAGGAAGACAGUUAAAUCACAACCAAAAUUACCUCAUAUUCCUGCUUACAAGUCAGAACUAAAAUCAGGUCCAGUAAGGAACCCGGGAACAGUUCCAUUUAUAUGGGAGCAAAUCCCAGGAAGACCCAAGGAUGAAAGCGUGCCAAAAACCAGAGCUCUUGAAGGGCCUCUGGUUGCACCAAAGCUUCCACCUGGAAGGGUCUCAAACGUUAAGAAGCAAGGGUUGGAUAAAGGUUCUAAAGAUACAAGUAAAACAGCUGCUCAAUCACAAACUGGAAAUAUGGUUUCCAGUUCUCAAACUAUAUCAGCCGUGGAGAGAAAAGUAGCUACUAAAGAUGAAACAUCUAAGGAGCGGAACGAGGAGAGGACCAGUUCGGAGGAUGGUGAUGAGACCUAUUUAGAUGCACUUGACGCACUUUCUAGAACUGAAUCAGCCUAUAUGAACUGUAGUGUAAGUGGUUUAAGUGGAUUGGAUGGUCCAGAUGUCAUACCCUCUGGAACUUUCUCAACAGAUCCACAGACACGUGAUUUCAUGAUGGGUCGGUUCUUGCCUGCAGCCAAAGCAAUGGCUUCAGAAACACCUCAUAAUGCUCCUAGAAAGGCAAAAGAGCAACCAAGUUCCAGGGAGGAACCAAGAAGGGUAAUAAAGGUAGUGCCUGGGGAUAAGCAGCAGCAAUCUAAUAUAUAUAGGCCACUUUAUGUCCGAGAUAUAGCUCAGGAAACAAGUGAGGAUGAAGGGAUGAGAAUGCCGGUGCAAGUACCCAUUUCUUCGGUUCGUAGAGUGCUUGGUAACUCUUCUUGUGCUGGUUCUCACACUGAAGCUAAAAAGAAGGAUGGUGGAACCGGUGUAUAUAAACAAAGAUUAAUAUGCCUUGAUCAAGAAGCUGGUCUGCAUGAAGAUAACAUUGAUUUGAAACGUAAAUCCAACCAGAUUUGUUAUAGAAGUGACGGUCUGACAUUAGACGGGUCGGCAGUAAACAGGUGUUUGCAAGGUUGUGGCAUAUCACCCUACCGUAGGGAAAGUUCUCAAUCUAUCCUUCAUGAUGGAAAAUGUUUUCUUGGUAUUCCUGAGAAGGCUAAGAGUACCAAGGAGACUAGUAGCUCGCAUAAAUAUAGAAAAGGUCGUAGGUUUUUGGAAUUAUUGGCUAGUGAGAAUGCUGAUAGGGAAGAAUGCGUAGGAAGUCCUGUGGAGAAGACACUGUACGUUGAUUUAUUACAGACUGUAAAAUCUUCAAGUCCAAAUUCAUUUUCCUCAGAUAUAAAGGACUGGAUAAAGGGACUCACCGAUUACAAACGGAAUGAUUUGGACAAUCCUGAAAGAAGUGGUGAAAUGGAAGAUACUCCAUCAGCAGAGUCUUCAAUUCAAGAUAUUGAACACUUGGGGAUUGUGAAUGAGAAGGCAGCAGUUCAGUCUAAUUGUUUGGACUUUUCAAAGUCUAGUUUUCUUUAUGCUUCUGGCAAAAAAACCAGUGAUGUGCAAAACAGAAAUGGUGCUCUACAGGAUCAAGAGGAUUAUAACAGACUGGCAAUCAUUAAAGUGGCAAAGAAAGAGGAGUUUAAUCUAGAAAGUCAUGAGAAAUCAGAUGAUCCAGAAAAUUUCCACGGUCUAACUCAAGGAUGUAUUAUGUUGACAUGCGUGAAGCUGGCUGAUGAGGAGAACGCUGCUUUAGGAACCCUACAGCGUAAGACUUCAGCUAUUGAUGACAUUUCUCAUGGCCUGGUUCAAAAUUCUAUUACCUUGAUCAGUUCGAAAGGGGCCAAGAAGGGGAAGAUUGAUUUAGAAAGCCAACGUCUUGUGAAAGUUGGUAACCAAGGAAGUUCCCAGACUGACCAUGCACGACUACCUCUUGGACCUCCUUUACCAAAAUCACCGUCAGAGUCAUGGCUAAAGCGUACGUUGCCCACCAUUUCCUCCAGGCAUUCAUCUCCACAGUCUUAUCUUGGUUCAUGCAGUCCAGUCUUUAAGAUAUCCUCUCUUAAUCCCAAGUGGGAGACGAUUGUCAAAACUUCUAAUGUGCAUCACGGGCGUUCACGGUUCUCUGAGGAACUUCUCAUGUCAAUACCAGAAGCUUAGAUUCUGGAUCUCUUAUCAGAAGCUCACCAGCUUAUUCAUUUGCCUUUGUUGAAUGUCUGUAUUGAUGAGCUUAAAGGUGCUAAAACUUCCUUUUUUCCUUCUUAAAAAGUUUAAACUCUAAAGGUUGUUAUAUUCCGAAGUUAAAAAUUGUACAUGACAAGCCAAUCUCCGAUCCGGUAAUUUUCUUGUAAAUCAUAGUUUUUGUUUCUUAGAACUUGAAGUUUGUUAUGUACUGUGAUUAAUGUAUAUGAAGAGAAG